GACGGUAAAGGAAGCAAGAAGUCCCUAGUGUUCCAUGUGCUGUUUGGUUUGAGUACCCAUUUCAAUUGUUUUUAACAUUCCUGCAGUUAUUUUGGGGGUGUCACACAAGCCUAUGGUUUUCCAAGUUAGUGUUACAUUUUUGAUGUACCUACCUGACUAGCCCCUUACACCUUGGCUGUGGUCUUCAUUAUGGUCAUUAUUGAGUGAUGAGCUGAACCAUGCCCACGCCGUGCCGGAGCGCUGGGUCGGUGCCGGUGGCCGGCCGGGGCCGCCGCCGGCCGCGCACCCUCGGCGCCCUGCCGCCGCUGCCGGCUCCCGUCACCGCACUGGACGGCGGCCCGGCGGGCGCCGCCGACUCGGGCACCGUGGCGCAGCUGAUCGAGACGGCCGUGCCCAGCUAUCUCACCAUCGAGGCGCUGGUGGAGCUGGCGUGUCGCUCGCAGCGCGGAACUGACUGGCGAUCCAUGUACACACUGGUACACCGACAGCUGGUCAGCAUGCGCCUGCUGCCGCCGCACAGCGACCAGCUGGACCCGCUGAGGCACAUGUACCAGAAGAUGUUCGCUGACCUGCUGGUGGCGGCUCACCGCGCCUCCCUGCCGGGCCCUCUGACGGACGCGCCGCUGCUCGGCCCGGCUCCCUCGGAGCCGUCCGCGCCGCUGCUGCACCCGUCCCGCUACCGGACCGAGUUCGAGGAGCUCUCGCUGCUGGGCAGCGGCGGGUUCGCCGUCGUCAGCCGGUGCCGCAGUCUGGUGGACAGACAGGAGUACGCCGUCAAGAGGAUCCCGUUCCGGUGCCGGUCGGCGGCCGCCGCCGAGCGGACGCUGCGCGAGGUGACCGUGCUCGCCUCGCUCGACCAUCCCAACAUUGUCAAGUACAACACGGCCUGGCUGGAGGCGGGCGGGCCGCGGCCGACCGGUCGGCAGGGAGCCGGCGGGUCAGACGCCUGGACCGAGCUGGCUGAGGGAGAGACGACCACCGGCGCCGGGUCGCUGGGGUCAGUGAGCGCGCUGCCAGAGCGGGAGCGUCUACCGGCCACCGAUAGCUCCGUGGGCUCUGAGGUGACGUGGGAGCGCGACUCGAACACUAAAAACCACACUGCUGAGGUGUUGAGUGCCGGACUGGAGUCGGCUCAGAACUCAAACGGCACGUCGAGUCAUGACAGCUCAUCGGGUGUUGUGUUCAACAGAGUCGCGGCGGCGUCCGCGCGAACCCCGGACAGUUCCGAGUCCCGACGGGCGGGGGCCGAUCCGCAGAGCUCCAAGGACCCGACAGCGUCCCGAACGGACGCCUCAGCGGCGCCUUUGUCACAGAACGGCUCGUCGGGAAGCUCUGCGCCCGCAGUGCUGCCUGCAGGAACCUUCGGUGCCCGAGGGACCGGCACCGCGCGCGGCGGCGGCGGCCGCUUCUGGGCGGGGUCCGGCAGCAGCUCCGGCUCGACGAGCGUCUCGUCGGCGGCCGCUCGGCACGCGCAGGCCACCCGGUCGCUGUCGGCAGCCUCGGCGUGCGCCGUGGCGCAGUGCUGCGUGCCCCGGUACCAGCGCAGCCUCUCCGCUCCAGCCGCCACCGCCGGAUGGCUGACGCUCUACAUCCAGAUGCAGCCGUGCGAGCGGACACUAAAGGACUGGCUGCAUGAUCGCAACCUGGCCCCGCCGCCGGCGUCUGCAGCCGCGGGGGACCGGCUGAGCCGUGUGGAUGCGGAGGGGUGCCGACGGCUGCUCAGGGACGUCCUGCUGGGACUUCACUUCAUUCACCAGCGCGGCAUCAUCCACCGCGACCUAAAACCGGCCAACAUCUUCCUGGCCUUCUCUGGGCGCGCGAUGAUCGGUGAUUUCGGUCUGGCGCGGGUCCGUGCGGCCGCUGGGGACUGCGCUGAGAGCUGUGGUGGAGGCAGUCCCCGACCUGGUGAACAGACCUGCGGUGUGGGUACGGCCACGUACGCUUCCCCCGAGCAGGCUGCUAGUGGAGAUUACGACCAGUCGACCGACCUCUACAGUCUGGGGGUGGUGCUGUACGAGCUGUUUGCGCCGUUCACCACGGCCAUGGAGCGCAGCGGCGAACUGCGCCGGCUGCGCCACGAGCGCCGCUGCGCUGAGGACGUGACGGCGCGCUGGCCGGCCGUGGCGGACGCCGUGCUGGCGCUGACAGACGACGAGCGCUCCCGCCGGCCGUGCGCGGCACACCUGCUCACCUCUCCGCUGUUCAGCAGCGCCGCCGACCGGCUGCUGCAGCUGGAGGCCGCCGCCGCCCACCAGGGCCGGCUGCUGGAGGCGCGGGCCGCCCGCGGCCGACAGCUGGCGCAGCAGCUGGACAGCUGCCGACACGAGGCGGCUGUCACCGAGCGGCUGCUGCGCAACACCUGCAACCAGCUGCGCCGCCAGCUGGCCGAGAGAGACCGAGAGGUCGAGAAACUCCGGGAGGUGCUGAGGCUGCACGGCAUCGAGCCGCCGUAGAUGCCGCCGACUUUGGAUGGUUGUGAGGCUUCGGUGGCUAGCUGGUAGCACGCUUUACGCACAGCUCUAAGAGGUAGCCAGCAUGAUCUCUUGAACAUCCACCCAAUUUUAAUUGGAACUGGAAGUAGUGGCCAGGACAGGGCGAUCGCUAGGGACCAUGGCCGAAAGCACCAAGGGAUUCCGUCGGAUUGACUGCCAGUCUCCCACCACGUCCAGUGACCCAGUGACCCUAGUCAUCAUUGCAGUCACAGUGAGCUUAUCGAAUGGACCGUGGUCUUGCUGAGCGGGUUUCCCUGCCUUGAGCUGUUUUUAGGAACGGUACUGUAAUGUUGGGUGAUGGUGGAACUCGUUAAUUGUUUGGAGUUUGUCCACCGAUAUAAAGGUGCCAUUGAAGCAAGAGCUGUGUAGAGUCGAGAGUGAUCACGGUGGUAGGCAUUAGAUGUUCCAACUGUUUGAAUUCUGGUCUGCUUAAUGCGUACUUAAGUCGAUGUGUGUACGUUUUUGGCGACAAGUUCUCGUUUGUGCAAUAUGCUCUGCUGCCAGGGACAUUGUUGGUGCCGUUUGGUGGAGAGAACGCUCAGGAAGUAUGUCUCAUUGACUCAUUGACUCGCGCUUGGCCAGGGUUGUCUCAGUGACCCACGCUCGGUGUCAGAUGGUGCCAGUUUCCAUUUGGAGUCUUUCACUCGGUGAGCGGGUCAUGUCAUGGGCGCUCUUUAGUUGGUAUAGUAUUUAUUGCUUGGUCUCGCCAGCUUUCAUCGAGUCAUUUCUUCUUUUUUAUUUACAUGAAAUAUAUGAAACAGGUUUGACCUGCUAUUCUGUAUGUUGAUAUUAAAGUUUAGAGGCGAAUGUGAUUCGACGAGACGAAGUUUGAAGAGCCUGCAGUCGCUUAGCGAUAGCCAGCGGCUUCAAAUGUUCUAGCGUUCACACUGAGAACUUAAGAAUUAGACCAUUACACACGCACACAAUGUAUUGGACCAAAUACACAGCAUUUUAUACACUC